AUGCUUACUAUCUAUCUUACUUACCAUCCGAGUAAUGGCAACAACUAUAUGUCAGCAGAGCCUAGGCGUAAAAGAGAGCCUCCGGCCCGACCUAAUCACAUCCUGCUGUACACUAUCAUCAAUCCAGCAUAUCCUAUCACUGUGAUUGAAAUAAGCGAGGUAAUAGCAGCAACAAAAACUCUUAAAUCAGGGAAAAGCCCAGGAAUUGACGGCAUCACAAAUGAGAUACUAAAAACCGAUUCAGAAACUCUUAUAGUACACCUGACUGAACUGUUUAACCUCAUUCUUAACACUGGAGAAACACCCACCCAGUGGUCAGAAUCUGACAUUAUCCUUAUCUACAAAAAGGGUGACCCCAAUGAUAUAGUUAACUACAGACCAAUAAGCCUGCUACCUACCAUCUACAAGCUCUUCUCUUCAAUAGUGAAUAAGAGAAUAUACCCUACACUAGAAGCGCGUCAACCUGUCGAGCAAGCCGGAUUUAGGAAGGGUAAAGCAUUUGAUUGCGUAUCACAUAUAAACAUAUGGGAAAGCCUAACAACGCAAGGAGUAGAAAAAGAAUACAUCUCUGUAAUCAAGAGAAUUUACAACAACAGCAAGAGCAGAUUCAAAUUAGAGACAGCUGGGCCUUGGUUCCCGAUAAAAAGAGGAGUAAGACAGGGCGACCCUCUUUCACCAUUGCUGUUUCUAGCAACACUGGUAACAGUAAUUAGUCAACUCAAUUGGAAAGGUCGGGGUAUCAAGAUUAACGAUGCCUACCUGAGCCAUUUAAGAUUUGCAGAUGAUUUGGUUCUUUUAUCUGAAACAGGACAAGAAAUCCAAUAUAUGUUAGAAUCACUUAAUAAUGCCAGUAAACGAGUAGGUUUGGAAAUUAACUUGUCCAAAACAAUGUUGAUGACUAGCAGUGAAAAGAAAGCAUUAUACUUAGGUAGCGAGCCUCUCAAAUACACAGACAGCUACAUAUACCUGGGUAAACAAAUUAGCUUACACAAUAGUAACGAUCAAGAAGUAGAACGCAGGACUCAGCUUACCUGGAACAAAUACUGGGCACUGAAGGACAUAUUCAAAAUCAGCAUGCCGGUCAAAAUUAAAACUAAAGUACUAAACUCGUGCCUAAUACCGUGCCUCACGUAUGCUUGCCAAACAUGGAAAUUCAACAAAAAAACAAAGGAUAAAAUAAUUACAUGUCAGCGGGGUAUAGAACGCAGUAUGCUGAAUAUUAGAAAGGUGCAAAAAAUAAGGCACACCAAAAUUAGAAACACAACCAAGGAUGGAUUAGAACACGCCCAGUCACUAAAAUGGAGGUGGGCCGGACAUGUGGCGCGUCUACGCGACAAGAGAUGGACGAAAACGGUGACCAUUUGGGCGGGUCCACAGGGAAAAAGGAAGAGAGGUAGACCUGUGGCUAGCUGGGAAGACGACAUCAAAAAAACAGCUGGCCCCAACUGGAUUCAAGUAGCUCAAUCUAGAGAGGACUGGCUAUCUUUGGAGGAGGCCUUCACCUACAGAGGAGUUCUUACAGAAUGA